AUGAAAAGAAAGACCUCACCUCCCCUCGUCUCUCCUAUCAGUCUCAGCCCAGAACACAGCAGUCCCUUUCCCUUCUCCCUACGCCUCCAGCCCAUCUAGCUCGCUCGGAUUACGGCCGUCGGCAGCGGCGCUUCCAGAGGUGAGCGGCAUGGCGGGGGCGGGGGCGGAGGAGGCGGUGGUGGGCGAGAGCUUCGAGUUCGCCUUUGACAAGGAGGCCUUCUCCGACAAGAAGCUGCGGGUCGAGGUCGUCGGCAGCGACGACGCCGCCACCCGCAAGCGCCGCCGCGAGGACGACAAAAGUGAUGAAGGAGAAUGUGUCGAUUCUUCUUCUAUAGUGAUGGCUGCACCAAUUUUACGAGUUACUACCAUGAAUAUCAAUUCGGCGAUUCUUGCUGUAAAAAGUCCUUUCUUUUUCAAGCUUUUCUCAAACGGCAUGAAAGAGUCUGACAAGGGACAGGCAACACUUCGAAUCGCUGAUUCAGAGGAAAAUGCCUUCAUGGAGCUUUUGUACUUUAUGUAUAGUGGAAAGUUGACUCCAACAACUGAGCCCACUCAUCUGGUUGAUAUCUUGAUGGCCGCUGACAAAUUUGAGGUCGUUUCUUGCAUUAAGCUUUGCGGUCAGCAGCUCACAAGCUUGCCUAUGACCCCAGAAUCUGCAGUGCUCUGCCUAGAUCUACCAUACUCCAUUUCAAUGGCACCUGCCCUGGCAGAGGCAGCCAAGAAAUUCUUUGCUGAAAGAUACAAGGAUUUCCUGUCAACAAAGUUACAAGACGAACUGAUGAGGAUCCCUCUUGCAGGGAUCGUAGCCAUCUUAUCAAGGAAUGACCUCGGGGUUUUACCUGAAGAAGCCGUCUAUGACUUUGUGCUCAGGUGGGCUGAUUCGCAGUACCCAAAUCCAGAAGAAAGACGCAAGAUCUUGAGUUCACAGUUACUUCCACUAGUACCACUAGUGCGAAGUAGGGUCAGAACCAUUGUACUCGAUUAGCCGUCUUGUAUAAUCAACUUCAGUCUAGAGUUGAUUAUCUUGUGUGUGAUAGACCCUGUAGGGCUGUAGGCUGGUGAGAUACAUAGUACUGCUUAAGGGUAGUUAUGUGUGAUUCGUGUACCGUGUUGUUGCCGGUUAUGAGCUGUUAUGUUUGCUUGUUUGUCCUGCUAUGCUGCAAAGUCGCUGAACUGUUAACGUCUUUGUCGGAAGUUGGCUGAUACCUCUGUAAAUCGACGGAGUGUAAUCCUUAGAAUCUAUAUUAGGUUAUUCAUGAUAAUCUCUGGACAUUUUAGUA